AUGGCUCCACAUCUCCUCCUUGUCCUGCACAUCCUUUUCUUCCUCACUGGACUUUCAGAUACACAGAGUGUGCCCACAGUGAGUCUUGUGUCUGUAAAGCAAGGAGGCUCCAUCACCAUCCCGUGUCUCUAUGAUCUGAGAUAUAGAAACAGUGUGAAGUACUGGUGUAGGGGAUCUAGUAUCCUUGGUUGCUCUACUGUAGUACGCACUGACCAUCCUAUGACCAGUGGAAAGACCUCAAUCUCUGAUGACAUCAACCAGCGAAUCUUUACUGUGACCAUGACAAGUCUUAGUCCUAGUGAUUCUGAUUAUUACUGGUGUAUUGUGGAGAGGAAGAACAAGGCAGAUGAUGGGGUUCAACUGCAGCUAUCUGUUACUCCAGAUACUCCAGGACUCUAUGUGGAUCAACAAGAAGUGACUGGAGUUGUAGGACAGAAUGUCACUGUGCGUUGUUACUAUAGUGAAGCUGGAGCCAGAGGGAGGUGGUGCAGGAUGGGUGGGGGUGGGAAAUGUCUGCUGAAUUCUGGAACUCUAGAUAGACCAUCAGUGACAUUACACCAGCAGACCAAUAUUGUAACCAAUGGCAAUGUUUUAACGGUUAUUAUGAGUGCACUGAGGAUGGUGGACACUGGCUGGUACAGGUGUGCAAAUGGAGACUAUCAGAUGCCUGUUCAUAUCACUGUCAAUCAGCAAACCACAAAGCAGCAUACCACCACCUUCACCCAAGACAUCUCUGCUUGUAAAUCCGGAGAAUCUGCAGUCUCUUGUCAGCCGUCAGUCAGCAACAUCCAGACGUAAGUGUACACAAACACCCCUCAUAGAUCACCACUCAAUCUAAAUGUAAAUGGCUGAUAGUUGGAUUGAUGAAAAACAUUGUUCUAGCCUACAAAAGGUCUGUGGAUGACUUUACAGCAAAUUUUGACACUUCUACAUUGAAAUAUGAAAACUAAGAUGUUGACUGGUUAUGA